AUGCAAUUAAAGAGCUAUUAUUGUAUUUGCGGGGAGUUUAUCCUCGUUGUUGAUAAGCCCAUCGACCUUCUUCCAACGCGGAAAACGGAUGGAAGCGUGAUUAUAACGCAUAAUGCUGGAAAUGAAUCAACAAAGCGCAAAUUCAAGGUUUCUGCGAUAUCGCAGACGCCUUGUAUGCUUCAAAGGAAAGAUGGCAUGUGUGAGCGUCAACAUAGGCUCAGUUGCCCACGAUGCACAGUUGUUGUAGCGUAUACCCACAACGCACCACUUUUCCUCUCAAAACAGGAUAUAAAGCUGGGUACUAAAGAAGCUGACUACAUUUACAUACUUAAAGGCGCGUUAUCUGAUGUACAGGGGAACAUACCAACUGAAGCGUUGCAAGACAAUUCCCGGUCUCCUGCCACCAAUAAUGCCCAAAUAAAGCGUGAAAAAGCCAACGGCGAGGAGUACAAUAUGGGUAGAAUAACAAAGAAGAAUGAAAAGGGAGCCGUGAAGAAUUACAUGACCAGAAACCAAGCAAUUAAGAAAUUGCAGAUAUCACUCGCAGACUUCAGAAGGCUCUGUAUUUUGAAGGGAAUCUUUCCUAGAGAACCUAGAAACAAGAAGAAGGCUAAUAAAGGCUCAACAGCUCCAAAGGCUUUCUAUUACACCAAAGAUAUCGUUUACUUGCAGCAUGAGCCAUUGCUCAACAGCCUUAGAGAAUACAAGUCUUUUGCAAAGAAGAUUUCAAAGCUUAUUGGCCGCAAUGAGCUCGUUCAAGCCAAGGCAAUUGAGGACAAUCAAAAGCCUGAGUAUAGAUUAGAUCAUAUCAUUAGGGAGCGUUAUCCUACAUUCCAAUCCACUCUCAACGAUCUUCCUGAUGCUAUUUCACUUAUUAUGCUCUUUAGCCACUUACCUGCUAACAGCAGAAUCCCUGCUGACAUCAUCGACAAUUGCGCUAAACUAUCCGCUCAAUGGCAACUAUACGUUAUGCGUACAAAGUCUCUCAGAAAAAUUUUCUUAUCAAUCAAAGGUGUUUACUUUGAAGCUGAAGUGGAAGGUAGACCAAUUAGGUGGUUAGUUCCAUACAUGUUCACUCAGCACAUUCCAGAAGAUGUUGAUUUUAGAAUCUUGAUGACCUUCUUGGAGUUGUAUCAAACACUCACUGGCUUCGUCUUCUACAAGUUAUAUAACGAUAUAAACUUGGUUUACCCACCACCACUCGACAUUGACAAAGAUGGUACUGGCGCUGGUAUUGGUGCUUUCAAUUUGAGAGAAGCAUCAGGUGCACUCACUAAAUCUGGCGAAGAUGACGUCGCUGAGAGUGCUAAGGUUAGCGCCAAAGAUGUUCGCAAGCAAAUCAAUCAAAUUGGUCAAACAGCUGCUCCUCCAGCUGACGAUCAACUUGAAGAACAAGAAAAUGUUCAAGACGACCAACAAGGUCUUCCUGCACCAGAAGAGUUCGUUGAGCAGCCAUCAAAAAACGUUGAAGCCUCAACUGAUAUUGGCCAAUCGCUAAACACUCUCCUCGCCAACUCCAAGUUUGAAUCCGCACGUGCAAACCUCUUUGCACCAUACACUUUCUAUCUCUCAAGGGAGGUUACAAGACCCACUUUAGAGUUUGUGAUCCGUUCAUUCGGUGGUCAGGUUGGAUGGGAUAUGACUACUCUCGGUGGUGGCUCACCAGUACCUGACGAGACAGAUGCUCGUAUCACUCACAUGGUCGUCGACAGACCACACCUUCCAGCUCGUUUGAAAGAGCUCAACCUCAAGAGAGCGUACAUUCAACCACAAUGGAUCGUUGACUCGGCAAAUGCCGGGAGAUUGCUUCCAACUGAACCAUACGCACCUGGAGAGACGCUCCCCCCACAUAUGUCACCAUUCGAAGUUGCUGACGAAGAAGCCUAUGUACCUGGUCUGGAGAUUGAAGAGAAAGAGGCUGCCGAAGAUGAGGAGGAGGGAGAAGAGGAUGAGGACGUGCAAGAUGAGGACAUGCAAGAAGACGAAGAAGAGAAGGAGCAAGCACAAGAAGCACCUAAGAGUAAAUAUCCUACCGAAGCGCUUAUUGCUGCUGCUCAGAAUCCAAAUGACGAGUCAUUACACGACGCAGCCGAACUUGAAGCAGAACAGCUCGGUAUUUCCCAUGAUGUGUUCGAAGCUGAACUCAAGAAGGCCAAGAAGUCUUCCAAGUCCUCAAAGAAGAAUACUUCCGGCGGCAAAGAAAAGGAGGAUGACGAUAUGGCACACUUAAUGAUGGGAUCUAAGCAGCGCAAGCUCUACAACAAAGUUAAGCACUCCCAGAAACGCCAAACGGAUGAGCACGCUCUUCUCGAAUCCAAGAAGAAGGAUAUAAAAAAGAAGCAGCAGAAAGACAAGAAGAAGAAAAGUACAUAG